CUCCCACAUUUUUCAACCGUGUUUCUCCCUCCUAUCGCCGGAAAAUCGGCCCUCUUCUACCUUUCAUCGGUUUUUCGGCCAAAUCUUUCUCCUCCAACCUCCAAAUUACAAUCGCGACCACCACCGAGUUCCUGGAUUCUAGGCGCCAAUCCCCCAAAGUUUUAGUCCAGUUUGGUGAUGGUCGAUUUGCCGGCAACGACUCUCCGGCGAGACUCUGGCGAGCUCUCCGGGCAGUAAUCUGACGACUUUUUGUGGUGUUUUUCCUUCACCUCACCUUUCCCUUGGUAUCUACUUGAGUGUCCAGGUGUAUUUCUCUUCUAUCUUGUCUAAUUUUGGAGAAUUGAUACCUAGGGUUCUAGGUGAGAAAUUUGGGGAUAUUGGCUUAAUUUGUUGAAUUUGGUAGGCCGUUGGAUUUUGUAUGCUUGAAUUGAUGUUGCCCUUGUGCUAGUUUAGUCGGCCUACCGAUUGCAUGGUAGGAAGCUAAGGAAAUUGUUCUCAGUCAGUGAUUGCAUGGUGAAUUUUAGUUUGGGAUUGGUGUUUGAAUGUUGGAAAAUUCAUGUGCUUGUAUGUCCCACUUGGAGCCUAGUACACUGUCCAAAUCUUUCGGUUUGAGGGCUCCAAGUGCGAUUUUACCUGAUUCUGUGACGUGACCUAUUUUCUAUGUCUGGCAUAUGUGCUCUCUUUUUUAUUGCAGGACAAUGGAAGCCGAGAUUGCUCAUCCGAGUGCACUUUGCCUCGGCCAAGUGCACUGGAGGUGCGCACUGGGCCGAUAUUUCUCGGCCGAGUGCACUUUCCCUCGGCCAAGUGCACUGGCGAGGUGCGCACUUGGUCGAGACUAUCUUGACAUGCUGAUUCCCGAGCAGCACGUGCACAUAACUGCCAUCAGAGACCGCCCCAUAGAUGAGCAUCUCAAACUCGACUUUGAGGUCUUUGUAGCGCUGAACGCUCGCGAGGCAAUUGAAGAUGCUGGUCGCACCCCCUCUUGACGCACCCUCCUCUGCCUCACUGAGCCGACCUACCAGGAGAUGGUUUGGUAUUUUUACUCCACCUUCUGUCACUCCCCAUGGCAUGUGGGAGAGCACGCCAAUGCCAUCUAUUUACUCUAGGCGGGGAGGCACAUUCUCUCAGCUAUGACGAUUUUUCCCGAGAACUGGACCUCUUCUCUCUUUAGGCAUGUCACCUUGCCAUUGAGGAAGCCGAUCCCCUUGCCUUUCAUGACCAGGCAUUCUUCAACAGGAUCUGCCUCCUCGAUGCAAUCGACAAUGUAUAUUUGCCCAGCCAAACGAGGGCUAGUCUUCUCCAUUCUGAGUGUCACAUUCUCAACCAAUUGUUGACCCAGUCAUACCCUCCCAGUAAGGGCUUCGCCUAUCGCCUCACUCUCCGGACACAAUAAUUCCUGCACUCGAUGAGCAAGGAGGAGGAUAAUUUGCACUUGGCCUCUGUCCUUGCCAAGACAUUCACCAAGGCUUCUACUUGCGACCGCCCUGUGCUUGUGAGCUGGUGAUCUCUGCUUUUUCCCGAUACUUUGAGGUCGAUCUCACUGACAUGACCAUGAUCUAGACACCUACUCCCCUCGGCAAGAUGACUCUUGGGCACCAUCUCUUACUUGCCCGCUACGGGCCCCUGACGUGGAUCUAGGGGCUUCCUCGUCCUCCUGCUCCUGACGUGGCCGACCACCAUAAGGCGAGCAAUACCAGAGCUCGUAAUGGGCCCCGUCAUCCAGUCCGUCUUGGCUAGCUGCCUGCUGGCAACUCUGCAGCUGCCCCAUCCCUCUUCUAUGGGCCUUCUACCGCCCCCACUGCCUCUAUUGUUGAUCAUCUGGAAGCCAUCACUCGCAGAACGAGCAGAUCCUCAUGGGGCAGGCUGACCUCCAUCAUCGCCUCUACGGUGAGCAGGAUGGUCGUCGCCGCAUCAUUUCGGGCCAGCACUACAUGAUGUACUAUCUGAACAUGAACUCUGCUGCUGUUCAGUACCCCUGAGUGGCUUCGCUGGGGCAUGAGGAUGACACCCACCUCCUACUGACAAUGGAGACAAUGAGUAUUAAGUUGGCUCUGACUGAUCCCCAAUGGGAUGCUGGGUUAUGUAUUUUCCUUUCUUUCCAGACUCAGAAUCUGUUGUCGGUUUCUUUAUUUUUCACUUUUGGAUUGUGCACAUGGAACUGUGGUCUAUUUUCUCUAUCACCUGGUGUGUUUUGAUGACUCUAGCUCUGUGCCUUUGGACUGGUCCCCUUCUAGUCUCCUGUUCCUGACUGGUCCACUCUCCAGUCACCGCCUCUGAUCGUCAUUUCUUGGUACAUAGUUCCCCUACUCUCUACUCCAUUGAAGGCAAUGACGAACUUAUGUUUGUGUGUGUGGGGGGGGGGGGGGGUGUUUUGUGCUUAUUGGAACCUAUGUUUGUGUGCUUAGAGCCUAGUCCACUGUCAAAAUCUCGAGAUAUGAGGGCUCCAAGUACUGAUGUUUGCAUAAUCAUAUUGGCACUAUGGUUUUAUAUGGUGAAUCGAUUAGCUGUUAGGAUUGAUGCGUGUAACUUGUUGGUGACUAAAACAACCUAUAAUGUUGACUGAGACGUGUAGUAGAUUUGUGUUGGGGUUCAAUUUUUCAACUGUUUGCUGACCAACUGUGACUUGGAUUGAUCACUCAUUUUUUUACAGUCAUCUAUGCAUCUAUUUCAGGGAAUUAGAAAGAGAGAUAGAGCAUAUAGGUAGCCAUGUGAGAUUUGAGUCUGCUCGUUUCUUUCUUGUGUGAUAGAUCCCUCUUUUAUGAUGUGUAGCAUUUACAUUGCCACUAAUUAGGAUCAUGGAGGCAUAGGAUUAACCCACGACAAAAUUGACUUUCCUGGUGUGUCAUACCCCCUCGUCCGUCCCUUUAAGUCGUGUAACUUUCUUUCUUUGUGUCUACAAUGAAAAAUCACCCUUUUG